AUACCUGACAUAGAGGUCAGGGAGGCUGACAAGUUUCCUGAGUCGGCCGAGGCUGCUGGGAGGGAGGAAACCCAGAGACAAUAUGAAGAGGAAAUGCUGGCUGAUAUCUUCGGCCAGGAAGCACAACCUAUCACCACUCUUGGUGGCUAA